CGGGCCGGGCUGCCCAUGCCCAGCUGUAGCCGCAACGAGGGGCAAAUAGGAACCGCCGCAACCGACCCCGCGACGGCAGCAGGUGUCAGCGGAGACCACGUCCUCACCGGCCACCUUCCUCUUUCUUCCCGCCCGCCCUCGCCGCCGCCCCACGCCGUGAUUCCAGCGCCGACCGACCGCACCGCACAAAACCCUAGCCACCACCCCACCGCCCCGUCCUCAUCCCCAUUCCCCACCUUCCCUCGCAUGCUCCUGGCCUCCCUCUUCUCCCGAAACCCCAGCCUCCGCUUCCUCCCCGCCGCCGUCCGCGCCGCCCGCGCCGCAAUGUCCGCCUCGCCGCCGGCGGAGCUCGCCCCCAGGGCGGCCGUCACCGUCGAGUACGCCAAGUCCGCCCGCUCCGCCUGCAAGGGCUGCAGCGCCGCCAUCGCCAAGGGCGCGCUCCGCCUCGGCGCCCACGCCCGCGACCCCCGCGCCGGCUACGACACCACCAAGUGGUACCACGUCGCCUGCUUCCCCGCCUCCUCCCACCCGCUCGGCCCCCUCGACAAGCUCCCGGGCUUCCUUUGGAUUAAGGAGAGCGAGCGUGACGAGCUGCGAGCGCUUGCCAAGAACAACGAGAGUGACGGGACCGAACUCGGUCCAUCGGAAGAGCCGAGCGCGAAGAAAGCCAAGGCAGAUCCAUCUUCGCCCGAAGCGGCAGUGGCAGAUAAGGGAACUGUCUCUGUUGAAUACGCCAAGUCUGCCCGUUCCACCUGCAAGGGCUGCAACGUAAGCAUCGCAAAGGGCGCAGUUCGCCUCGGCGUCGCAGCCCACGACCCCCGUGGCUGGGACAGCACCAAGUGGUACCACGUCGCCUGCUUCCCCGCCUCGUCGCACCCGCUGGGUCCUGUUGAGAUGCUCAGCGGGUUCGACUCCAUUAAGGAUGAGGAUCGCGUGGAGUUGCAGGAGCUAGAGAAGAAUAAUAAGAGAGACCAGGCUGCAGUCGGUCCACUGGAAGGGCCAAGUCCAAGCAAAGCAAAUCCUGAAGUGGAGGUGGCAGAAAAGAACAACAAGAGCGAUGGGACUGAACUAGGUCCAUCGGAAGAGCCAAGUGCGAAGAAAGCAAAGGCAGAUCUAUCUUCGCCUGAAUCGGUGGUGGCAGAGAAGGGAACCGUCUCUGUUGAAUACGCCAAGUCUGCCCGUUCCACCUGCAAGGGCUGCAACGUAAGCAUCGUGAAGGGCGCACUUCGCCUCGGUGUCGCAGCCCACGAUCCCCGUGGCUGGGAUAGCACCAAGUGGUACCACGUCGCCUGCUUCCCUACCUCGUCGCACCCGCUCGGUCCUGUUGAGAUGCUCAAGGGGUUUGACUCCAUUAAGGAUGACGAUCGCCUGGAGUUGCAGGAACUAGAGAAGAAUAAUAAGAGAGACCAGGCUGCUGUCAGUCCACUGGAAGUGCCAAGUCCAAACAAAGCAAAGCCUGAAGUGGAGGUGGCAGAAAAGAAUAAUAAGAGAGACCAGGCUGCAGUCGGUCCACUGGAAGUGCCAAGUCCAGAGAAAACAAAAUCCUGUAUAUCUUUACCUGAAGUGGAGGUGGCAGAAAAGUCGUCCCCAGGAAACAAAGGGGUUGGUACAGUAAUACCCUUUUCAGCUUCUCAUGUCAAGAAAGAAUACAAGGAUGCCACCCUUCCUGCUCACUGGAAAGCUUUUGAGACAGUUAUUUUCCGUGAGCAGGAUGAUGGCCUUCGUGCUUCAGCUAAGAUUGCUGCUUUCGAUUUCGAUGGGUGCCUUGCCAAAACUUCAGUGAAGAUCACUGGUGCAGACAAGUGGUCUUUACAGCAUAAAUCCAUUCCUAGCAAGUUGCAAAGCCUGUACAACGAUGGUUACAAGUUGGUCAUAUUCACCAACGAGUCAAACAUUGACCGCUGGAAGAAUAAGCGGCAGCAAGCUGUUGACUCAAAAGUUGGACGUCUUGAUAAUUUUAUUGAGUGUGUUAAAGUCCCUAUUCAGGUUUUCAUUGCAUGUGGUGUAGGGAAAGGAAAAGGCACACCAGACGAUCGAUUUCGCAAACCAAAUUCGGGAAUGUGGUGGUUGAUGGCAGAGCAUUUCAAUUCAGGAAUUGCCAUCGACAUGGAUCAAUCUUUCUAUGUUGGUGAUGCUGCUGGGAGAGAGAACGAUCAUAGCGACGCAGAUAUAAAAUUUGCUAAGGAUAUCGGUCUGAAGUUUCACGUUCCUGAAGAAUUCUUUGGUCCCUAGGUGUUCAUUGUGAUGGUGAUGGUUUACCAAAUUACCGUAGGCCGAUGUGUCGUGUCUGGAAACUAAGACUAGUGGUCAGCGAGUUACUUUGACAUGGAAAUCUAGCACAAAGGUUGCUGUUAACUUCCCUUAGCUGUUCCCAAAUGCUGUUUGCGGCAGAUCCUAUCUUAAAAUACUUUGCUGUCAAUCGCGUUUACAUGCACCCACUGGCCUCUGAAUGAGGAAUCCACAUCCGCCUGUUUACCACUGAGGAUCGGUGUCCUACAA